UGCAGGGCGUACCACGGCGUGGCUUUGCUGCGCAAUCGGCUGUACGUGGUAGGUGGCAUGCGGGAGGCCUCGUACCUGCGCUCUUGCGACUGCUUUGACAUCGAGAGCUGCACGUGGCAGAGUUGUUCAACAAUGAACAUCGCGAGAGGCUACGUCUCCGCCGUGGCCCUAGAAGACUACGUGUACGCCGUCGGAGGCCGCAACGCCGGCGAGCGCACCGCCUCCGUGGAGCGUUACAACCCCCGCUCCAACCAGUGGACCCUGGUGUCCGCCAUGAAGAGGAGGCGAAGCGACGGAGCCGCUUGCGCCUUUAAAGGCAAGAUAUACGUGAGCGGCGGCUUCAAUGGUCAGAAGGUGCUGACCAGUGUGGAAGUUUACACGCCCUGCCACGACACGUGGUGCCUGGUGAAGCAGCUGCCAAGUCCACGCUGCAGCCACCAGAUGGCGGUGCUCGGCGGUCGCAUCUACGUAAUCGGUGGAUACGACGGCCGCCGACGGCUAAGCUCAGUUGUGUGCAGCGGAGACGAAGACGAGCCGCUUGUGUGGCGCUUUGCGUGUUCCAUGAGGAUCGGCCGCAGCACCUUCGCGGCAGCACUGUUCGACGGCGAUUUGUACGUCAUCGGCGGCUUCGACGGCACGGGCACCACAGCGGAGGUGGAGCGCUACACCCCGUCCUCCGACAGCUGGCGUCCCAUGGUGCCGCUUAAUGAAGCAGUCUCUGCCAUGGCCGCCUGCACAGUGAAGGGCCUCAACGUCUGCAGGCGCCUCUCCGCUAGCGCCGAGCGCUAGCCAUUGCGGCGGCGUCUUCGACGAAUUUGAAUAACAAUGCCUUUAUUUUUGU